AUGGGCCAUCAGGUGAACAAAACAGUGUUGCGCUUGGUCGAAAAGGAACGAAAAGUUAUCCUUUCUAACCAACCAGACAAAAACUCGGUAUCGAAAGGCGAACAAUGGUUUGAUCUCAUGACCUUAUAUCUUAACGAUAUUUUUAAAGUACAAAAAAAUGCGGGGGAUUCUUUAACUAAGCGCCUGGAGAUCGUAGAAAAAAACAACACAGCACAUCUAACCCAAAGACUGGCAUAUCUGGUGUUUGCUAUUCUUUUAGUGCCUCUUAUUGUCUUCUCAGUUUACCGAAUGACAGGAACUAUUCAAAACUACACCUUUCAGCUUGCCCAGACGAUGUUGGAGUUGAAAGAGGAGAAGCAAAGAGCGGACACUCUUCUUUACCAAUUGUUUCCGUUUCCAGUGGCUGAAAAACUCAAGAACAAACAGCAAAUUCCAGCCGAGUUCUUUAACAGCGUGACAAUAUUUUUCAGCGACAUUGUAAACUUUACAGAGAUGUGUUCUGGUAUGGCACCUCUGCAGGUCUGAAGUAUUUUUACUAUUUUUGUUAAGCUGCAAACUUUUAUUAUCAGUUCAGUUAACAGUUUAUUUGAGGGAGAGAAACAGAGAAGCAGAAAUACCUUAGUCUUUUUUACUAUCAGUAAAACAUGGUAAUUACAAGUACCCUUUCGAAUCCUAAAACUGGCGAGAAAUUGGCAAAUCUUUUGAAGGAAUUCGUGGAAUAAUCCCGUUCAUAAAUAAUGUUAAGCUCAGGCAGAACAUUAUUUAGAUAGUACCUGGAUACACAGACAAUUUUUUUAUCAUAAUAGUAAUCACGAUCACGAUCACGAUCCGGAAAUCACAAUCACAAUUACAGUCACGGUCACGGUCACGGUCACGGUCACAAACACAGUCGCAGUCAAAGUCACAAUCCCAAUCACAAUCAUAAUCACGGUCACGGUCACAGACACAAUCACGAUCACAAUUAUAAUCACAGUUGCAAUCACAGAAACAGUCACAGUCACAGUUACGGUCACGGUCAUGGUCACGGUCACAAACACAGUCGCAGUCAAAGUCACAAUCCCAAUCACAAUCAUAAUCACCGUCACGGUCACAGACACAAUCACGAUCACAAUUAUAAUCACAGUUGCAAUCACAGAAACAGUCACAGUUACGGUCACGGUCACGGUCACAGUCACAAUCACGAUCACAAUUAUAAUCACGGUCACGGUCACGGUCACAGACACAAUAACGAUCACAAUUAUAGAGCGGUUUUCACUUGACUGUCGAAAGGGAUUGGUUUUGGUUUUGGUUUUACUACGCCCUUUGGUUAGCUAGUGUAUUUACUUUGGUUUUGGUUUUACGACAGUCAAGUGAAAACCGCUCUAAUCACAGUUACAAUCACAGAAACAGUCACAGUCACAGUCAUGGUCACCGUCAUGAUCACAGUCACAAUCACGAUCACAAUUACAAUAACAAUAACAAUCAUAAACAUAAUCAUAAUUCUCACACUGAUACCAAAUUCAUCUCAAUCUUGCCACAACAACUGGACCACACUACGCUGUAUUUUACUUUUUCAAGGUUACAACCAUGCUGGAUGAGGUGUACGGAUUAUUUGACGACCGCAUAAACUUUUACGACGUGUACAAAGUAGAGACAAUUGGGGACGCCUACAUGGUGGUGUCAGGGCUUCCACAACGGAACGGAAUGCGUCACGUUGACCAGAUUGCCCGGAUGGCGUUGGACUUCGUAAAAGCAGUGGAUGAACUAAAUUCACCGCAGCUCCCUACUAAACGACUGUCGGUCCGAAUUGGCAUACACACGGGUAGGUCUAGGCUAACAGUGCUGGGACCUUGGGGAUCGGGGGCAACUCCCCACUCCCACCCACUUUUUAUACUUUUGUAAUAAAGGGAUACAGGAUUAGGUACAUUUUUGGCUAGUCACAAGACCUAAAUUAUAUAGGGUGCAUCCCCGAGAGGCACCCUAGCUAAUUCACACCUACUCGUCCAUUCACGAGCGUUUAAAUUGUUGUAGGAGACGCUUUAAAAAGUAGGAGUAAAAAAAACAUGAAAAUGUAUGCAUAGAAAGUUAGCUGAUUUCAAAUAAAAGGGGACAUUUCUGGCUUUAUUUAGGCCAAUUGCUGAAACGGUAUUGUAACUGCUUUCUUUUUAACAACAAAAUUAUAGCACUUAGGAUUCUUACCGAUCGUUACUUUUAUCAGUUUGAGAUGCCAUGUGUAACGGGGAUAAACGUCAUUCUUCUGCGGAAUCAGAGGUAUCGUCAGAUAUCAGAUAACCUGUUGUUAUUUAUCGUUUUAUCAGGACCAUGCGUGGCUGGUGUGGUUGGAAACAAAAUGCCUCGUUACUGCCUGUUUGGAGACACAGUGAACACUGCAUCAAGAAUGCAAACUUCUGGCGAACGUAAGGAGCUUAUUCACCAACUGAAUUUGUUAUUUACCGGCUAGUAUAAAAAUGGAUGAAUCUUAAAAUCUACCUUAAAUUCUCUAAUCCCAUUUAAUUUUCAUUCUUUUUUUUACAUUUGCAUUAUUUCUAAAAAUGUAACAGUAAUUUACAAUUCAAGAUGGCGGGAUUUUAAUGGCAGUUUUUAUGUCAUCCAUCAACUGCACCAGUUUUCAUUAGUCCAAUGAACAUGCAGUUCUUACAGCGAAUCAGGAGCCAUUAUGGCUCUUGACCGAAUGUAUUAUUAUAAUAUGUUAUGUGUAUGCAUAUGUGUUUUUUUAGCUCAGAAAAUUCACAUUUCGGAAAAUGCCAAGGAAGCUAUAGAGGAAAUUGGAAGUUACCACAUCGUUUUCAGGGGUAGCAUGGAAGUAAAGGUAAAUUGACAUUAUUAGAACUUUUAUUUGCUCAAAUGCAGAUCAAAAAAACCUCCUCGGUCGCCUUUUUAUCGACUAGACGAAGAAGUGAAUCCGCACUCGCAGUGGGAGGGCUCACUUUGAGCCUCCUUUUGAGUUUACAAUAUAUUGAAAUACUUAAAACACUUACAAUUACGAUUAAAAUUUACAAGCAAUUACGAUUAAAAUUUACGAGCUCUCCAAGAUGGUACAGAUAUUAUGGGAUAUGACGCUGCUGAGGACGUCAUUUACAAUGGCCGCUAUCUUGGCAGCUAUCUUGGCCGCCAUCUCAUUGGCUACCGCUUCGAUUUAAUUAAAGAUGAAGUUUCAUGAAAACAUUUAAAAACUGAGCCUUUUCCUUGGCUGAGGUCUGCUGUGACUGAAAACUAUAUUGCUUAGCUGUUUUAUAGUUUUUCUCUACAAAAAUUAAUUGUCUCUUGCAAUGACUUGACCUUCUGCCACUGUUGACCUCAUAUCUUGUAACCAUAUAACCCGACUGUAGCUAAAGGUUACCAAAAUGAGUCUGAGAAAUAAAUAAACAGCUUUUGAAGAAAAGAGCUUGAGACUUAAAGCAAUUUGGAACAAAACUGCAAAAAACCUGUAGGGUGGCAGCCAUCACCACAGCUCCUUGACGUCAAAGAUUCAAAUGUAUUUAGCAGUAACACAAUGAAUAAUGUGUGCACUUUGUUUUUUAUACUCAGGGCAAAGGUCCAAUGUCCACAUACUGGCUGACAGGAUUACUGGAAAAUGCUCCGUGCUUUACUCUGCACACGCCGGAAGAAAUGAUGGCUUAUGUGCAGCUGUGAAACUUUUCAGCUAAAAUUUAGUACUUUACAGCCAAAAACUGUGACACGUAUCAGCUCAAAUGUAACAGUUGAAAUCUAAAAUUGAUUUUUUUUUACAUAUAUUGAUGAACUGAAGAUGUACAGAUUGCUUUGGGUCCAGUAUUCUAAGAUAAAACGAUCCUUCUGCACUUAAUGUAAGCAAUCGCAAAAUAUCAUGAUUCCAACAGCAAUGGAGAAAGCUUUCCAAUUGCACUUACCAUAAUUUACCGUAACAGCGGUGUGGUAAAUUUUAUUCUUAUUAUAUUAUAUUAUAUUAUGGUAUGUUAUAUUAUAUUAAAUAUUUUAUAUUAUGGUAUGUUAUAUUACAUUACAUUACAUUGCAUUACACUACAUUAUAUUAUAUUAUAUUAUGUUAUAUUAUAUUAUAUUAUAUUAUGGUAUGUUGUAUUAUAUUAUAUUAUGUUACAUUACAUUACAUUAUAUUAUAUUUAACAAUUAUUCUUUGAAAUCGAGGUGAAUAGUGGUAAAAUAUUUACCGAGCCGUGAAAGCGGCGAGGUAAAUAUUCCCAAAGCCACUAUUCACCGAGAUUGAAGAGCUGAGAAUAAUUGUUUUAGUAUAUACACACGACGUGAGCUCAACAAAAUCAGAGUUGAAACCAUUAAAAAGUACGAUUUGAUUGACAGAUCAAAUCACGCGUAAGUUUAAAAAUAGAUCUUUGCAGAAUUUUCAAACAUGGCAAUUCACAAGUUUAUCAGUUCGCAAACAACAGCGUAAUAGCCGGGGUAAUGGCUUAAAUGAAACCGCUAAAAGCUUGAGCUGUUUCCUUACCUGAGAAGAAAAGUAGAGCUUUGUUGUUUUCUGUUGACUCGCCAAGUUUAUAGCCAAAAGGGUUUGUUGUGUUGUUCUUCGCAUGAAGUGCUAACAAAAAUGGCGGCUCGGUUGCUCGUGGUAAGACGUCGUCUUCCUGUAUCACUCUUUUUCCUGUUUACUUGAAACGUAGGAUUUCUGCAAACAUUUCCUUUUAAAUUUGUUUGUCAUAAAUAAAAUUCGAUUUUUGAGCCAAGACUUUCUUGUUAGAAAACGCUGAGUUCACGAAACGGCUUCUUCUACGCGAAUACACGGGAGUUGUAAACAAUCCAUCGAGCACAAAACUCAGCUACAGUAAAUUGAAAACGCUGUAUUGAAUCCUUCCAAGUCUUUUCUUGCCUUAAAAAAAGUCAGUCCUAGGAUUUUGUCGACUUUUAAAAGAUCGUUCUCUAAAAAAAUGGGAAAAACACCGAGCUCACACAUUAUCCACCCGCUAGGAGGUGAAUAUUGUUGAAUAGCCAGAGGUAGCGAACCAAUCAGAUUGCUUAAAUCACCAAGAUCACUGAGUGUGUAUAUACUAAUAUAUUAUAUUAUAUUAUGGUAUGUUAUAUUAUAUUAUAUUAUGUUAUAUUACAUUACAUUACAUUAUAUUAUAUCAUGGUAUGUUAUAUUAUAUUAUUUUAUGUUAUGUUAUGUUAUGUUAUAUUAUAUUUCAUUUAGUUAUUUAUUAUCUUUUAGAGAAUAGACACACGCAUCUCAAACAGUACAAAAAGAUUUAACAUUAAAUGGUCACAUGCAACUUACACUUAGUCUAGAUUUACCGAGUACAAGUACAUUAAAAAUAGAAUACAUGAAAGAGAUUUUGCUGUAAGUAAAAGCGAAAGUUUCAGCUAUGUGUUGUAGUAAACCUACUUGUCUUGUAAUAUAUGAGAGCUAUAAGCAAUAAAAGAAGAAUUCAUUGAAGCGGUUACUGUGUCUGAAGUAUCUUGUGCCAGAUCUAUCAUUAAAUCCUUCUUCAGUUCCAGUAGUCUAAAAUGCCAUCCGUCUUUUCGCCCCACCCCCCGUUCAGACUACCUUUCCUUCGAUCCUGUGGUGACAGUGAUUUUUUUUCUCAACCCUUUAAGCCCCAAUGGUGACCAACAUCAAUUUUCUCCCAAUAAUAUUCAUACCUUCUCACGAGAUAAGGUUAUGAGAAUUAAUGAAAUAAUCACUAAAGAGAAAAUGCUUUGAUCUAUUUUUUCAAAUUCUCUCAACUACUUUUUUAAAGAAAUGUAUAGAGAUCAGUUUGGAGAAUUCGUAUGUUUAUAUUGGGGCUUAAAGGGAUAAUUAUUUAGUUGCUUUUGACAUGAUAAAUGAAAGGAAGGCUGGACAUUUUUAUAUUUACAACAAGACUCACUCACAGUAGCAAUGCAAAUUUAAUUGGAACAAGGAAAAGUUUUUACAUAAAAAAAGUUCAACUCCCACAGGGCAAGUAGAUGCUUCAACUGUGUACUUUAGUGCACCAUACUUUGUUGUCAGUUCAAGUUGUUUUUGUUUUGUGUUUGAAACAAAAUGCAUCAACCAAUCACAACAGAAUUGUGAUUCUUUGGGGAGGUGUUUUUUGAAACACUCGCAACAUUUUUGCGGGAUUUGUUUUACCAAGUACCACAAUUUCCACAUUUUCUGGUCCACGAAUUUUUUUAGGAUGGAUUUAUUUGCAUCAUACAACUCGGUAGUGUCGUCUGUAAGAUUUAUUAAAUUAUUAUUAUUAACUUAAAAGCAAUAGCAAAUUUUUAAAGAGCAAAUGCGACAGCUAUUGGGCUUUGCUGCAAAUAAAUCUGCUAUUAAGCUCGCUAAAACAUUGUUGUUGGUGUUUUUAACAUUCAGUACUUUCCACAGUUGACUUCAAUUCUUAACAUUGGAAACCUAUUUAUAGUUAAAAGCUUGUAUUUUCUAUAGGUCUUCUCACUUUUUUAUAGUCUUCCAUUCAGCAAGAGUCCUUUCAAAAAUUUUAAGAACUUUUAAAAUCACCAAAUUUCUGAAUGAUUUCUUAAAAUUACCUUUUUAAGAGGACUUUAUGUCGCUUCGACGACCUAAAAUUGUCACUUCAGAAACAACUAUGACUCUGACAACUGAAAACGAUAUCUGCAAUUACUACAUUUAAAUUCAGGCAUCGUAGAUUAUCGCUUUUAAGUUUUGAAAGGAAAUGAGACCUUUGAGUUGCUUUCAAUUAUCUUAUUUUUAAAUGUUUUGAGCUAAUAGUUUUUAAAUAUUCUGGACUAGCUGUUUAGAAUCAGAGCCGCUAGUGAACAUUAAAGCCUUUAUAUUUUUCAAAUGAACGACCUUUUUGUUGCAAGGUGCAAUUAUAUAUUAAUUUGUUUUGUUUCGUUUUUGUUUGUGAGGGAUUUCGUCCGAAUCCAGUUUUGUAAGGUGCCCCUAUAUUUACUUCUAAUUCAGGGACAAAACUUAAAAAUUUUACACUUUGCUGAAGGAGAACGCGAAAAUUUCUCAAGAUUUAUUUAAUAUAUCCAAAAGAAGAAGUGACGACUCGCUCCUGAUAAAAGGUUUUAAAUUCAGAAAAGUGUACUCAUUACUUAGCUUCAAGAAAAGUGACCCAGUUGCUUUCUGAACAGAGCCAACCAAUUUAGGGCAAUUUGCAUAAUUUUAAUUGAAGUUUUAUACUCACGGUUUGUUCAUAGCAAAAAUAGGGCACAGCCAACAAUUUCGGGUCCUUUUUGUGUGCUGACUGUCAAAUUAUUUCCUCAAAGUAAUUCUAGUUCACCGCAUGCAUGGUUAAUUUGAGAAGAUCAUCGGCAAUCAGCACGUCAUCAAAAGCAGGUGUUAAGGAAAUACAUGAAAAACAUGCCUUUGUGCGACACUGCUUCAUUUUUCGAAGAAAACCAAGAAUCGUUUAUGACUAACUUGCAGAAAAAUACCUAUGUAGAAAGGUGAGUUUCAGUGUAUUUCCUUUCAAUUCCUAAAAACCUUUUUUUUUUUUCAUCUUACAUAUUUUCCAAGCUAAGGUAGUUAACAUUGGUAUUAAUCCUAAAAACGCUAAACCUGCAGAUGCUCAGCGCUUGCAUGCAUGCCUUGCUGCGCUCAACAUUUAGUUUUUACAAAAACAAGUCACUGUCUUGAUACUGACUCAGGAAAUUCGUGUUGUUUAGUUAAAAUUAUGGUCUUUUUUAAUUAAUAAGGUUCAAGAUAAAGUAAAAUAUAUUAAAAAAUAUUUUGUGGUCGUUCAAUGUUGUUUUCAAAAACAGCCGCCAAAAAUAAUAAUUCAGAUCAGCAUUCCUCUAACUUCUAUCUUAUUCUUAGAUAAGUAAUUGAAACAGCGGAAUAUAGACAUCGUCAGGAACCGAUUAGUAGUUUGUUACUUUUGGAAGAGCAAUACGCUGGAAAGUUUUUCUCCUAGAGAAAAUCGCCAAGAAUAAUACCUUAUGAUGUCAUAUCUCGCAAUCAAAGCAACCUUUUGUGAUCACAGUUUUCCAGAAAGUGUCUGAGACAUAAAUGAAGAGUGAUUGAAUGGAACAAAUUAUUUUCAAGGGUGCAGUUUUUUUAAAUUAAAAAAAUCGAGGAAAACGUUUUUAGUUAAUGGAGGUGUAAUUAAUCAUCCCGCCAUCUUGUACUUAAGAGGCUUAAACGCAUCAUCACGCAGAGGUAAUUUUGAUGUAUGAAGUACAUCAGGCCAAAUUCGCUUGUUCCCAUGGCAAUCAUGACAUCCUGUAUCGUUAUCAUAGCAUCAAAAUAACACUAAAUGUUUCAAAAUGUGACCGAGAAAAAAAGGGUCAACUUGAUAUCGAAAAGUAGAGCUAACUGAUUGAAAUCAUUUUUGAAAAUCGACUAACAUGGACAUUGCACGCACAACUGUUAAGAAAUAAGUAUAUAACUUGCACGUUCAUUGCUCACGAACAAUGUCAGGAGAUUGCUUAUCGCUUACUCUGUAUUUUUUCGAUAAAAGAGAAAUAAAAAAUAGAAUUAAAAUAGCGCUCACUUUUGAUCCCUCUUAUAUACAUUCACACUUCUUGUUUUGUUAGUUGUUUGGUAGCAUUUAGUUCCAAAUGGCUUAAUCUUGAAUGCAUGACGUCAUAUCCUGUCUCCAUAGCAAUCAAUCGGAACCACAUUUUUUUCAAAAUGUGACUGAGGGAAAAUAGAAUCGAAGGGAAACCUUGCAUGCGCAAAGAUUUAGAAAAAGUAGUGCGUGCACUGUUUAUUUGUCAGAAUCAGGGCAAGGAGAUUUGUUCACAGAACCCACUUCCAUUAAGGCAGGUAUUAACGCAUUCAAACUCCUAGUUUUGUCAGCGGUUUGGUAGCAUAUAACGUGUGAGUUUUAAGGGCACGGCCUUUUCGGCAUUUUUAUCAGCUGGUAUAUUUCCGACUUCUUCCAAUAACGAACGCACGGAAGCAAUUUGGAUCGGUUGGCUUCAUUCACGUCCAUAAAAAGCCUCAACAAACAGAUCUACAGAGGUUUAUGAAGGUAUCUAGCGAUAAAUCACAUGAAAGACUUUCUUAGUGAAAACAGAGAAAAAGGCUAAUUUUGGAAAGGAUAUAAAUUCCAAGUGCUAGGAGUGAAUGAACUCCUCUUUAAAAUUUCGCCUAAAUCAAAUUAUUGACUAAAAGCUAGACGAUCUUAAAACGUCAAUUAAAUUUGAUCGCCACAGUGGGGAGAUUGACAGCCUGUGAUCGUCGUUUGCAGUUUGUACAAGUCGUCGUUUAAGGUACGAAUGAAAUUCAGGUUCAGGCGGAUUUUUAGGAAAUUAACAAGCAUUACAGCUUGCACAGGAAAAUUUGUACACGAUGCGUCCACGAAGCCCCUCAGAAAAAGGUUCUUUCACGUUGAAGAAGUUCUUAAUUAAACAACUCUUGAUGUGAAUGGGUUUAUGAAAUGGGUUUAUGAAUCGGUUGAUGAAAUUAUGCAACCUUUGUUGUUCGCAAGCUCAUCAAACGAUUCUGUAAACCCACUGACAUCAAGUUUGCUUACCCUACUUUUAAAAUUAAGAACUUAUUCAACGUGAAAGAUCCAUUUCCUGAUAGGCUUAGUGCCCGCAUUGUGUACAAAUUUUCCUGUGCAAGCUGUAAUGCUUGUUACGUUGGUGAAACACGCCGACACUUUUCCACGCGCGUGCACGAGCACGUGCCUUGUCAUCGGACAGAUCCUCUCACGUUUAUAAGCAUUUACAGGCUUUAAAGUCUAGUCGUAACUCCUGUAACUUAGACUGCUUUAAGAUCUUGGACUCUGCCCCUACCAGGUAUCAAGUUAAGCUUAAAGGUCGGUGCACACUAGGCGGCAAGUCGCAGCAACAUGUCGCGAAGACACGUCGUAGCGACAAAAUCACUGCGUGUGCACAGGAGAAUUUUUGUGAAAAUCUUUGUCUCUGCAACAGAAUUUUGUCGCAGUAAGAUGUUGCAAAAAUUCAAAUCAAACAGAAUUUGUGCAAAUUGUUGCGGCCACAAAAUUCUGUUGCAGAGACAAAUAUUUUCACAAAAAUUCUCCAGUACACACGAAGCGAUUUGUCGCUGCGAUGUGUCGUCGCGACAUGUUUGUGCAACUAGUCGCCGGAGCUGUACACACGGAGUGAUCUGUCGCCACGACUUGUUGCUGCAACUUGUUGCCUAGUGUGUACUGACCUUAAGGAGUCUAUGUACGGUGAUUGUUAGGUGGGAAACACAUCAAUCUGACGCUUUCUCUAUAGAUGCUUGAACGCGCGUCUAUUAAUUCCGUCAACUUUAAAAUUCAUGUAGCAGUUUGUUUUCCAACGUUACGUAACGUAUAAAUUGUAACAGGCGCGUUUUAUCGCUGAAAACUUUCAUAACCGUCACGCUGACGAUGACCGUCAAAACAUAUUUGUUAACAUUAAAAAUAUGGCAUUAUUUUUGUUUUCAUUUUAAUGACCUAGUGAGCAGCACAGGGCAUUUUAUAGGAUACAAAAAUAAUUCAACGAUAAAAAAAGAAUUAUUUUUCAGGGAUAUCAUGCGGAAGAUGAAAGUAAGGCUUUGUGGAAAACAUGUCGAAAUAAAAGCAAAAUAAAACAAAAAAUAUGCGGAAAUUGAAGAGGCAGCUAUCCUCACAUGUCAUACAUUUGGUGAAAAAAUUGAAGUCGCUAUUUUUUUAACCUGUCCUUGUUUGAAAGUUACAGUUCAAAAGCGAUAUGGUUUUGCUGAAAGAAAGAAAGGAUGAAACGUAAAAUAAAGCUUUAAACCAAAAUUAUGUAGAUUAAAGAUAAGCGCCCUAAAGAGCGGGACGGACAGCUGGUGUGAUUAUAGCGGAUCACUAAAAUGACCCGUUUUUACGUUUCAAAUAGGAGCUGAUAUGCGGAAAUUCAAACGACUAUUGAAAAUUACCGAAUAGAUCGUUGUCACUGUCACGCAACAAAAAACCGUCCAGUGGAAGAAGCCCAGAUAAGGAGGUGUUUUUAAAGACUAAUAUAUAAACAAUUUGUCCAAGUCUCAGGUCCUUGUGGCCGAUAUUUUCUGAGUUAUUUUCCGAAACGUUUCACGCACCUUUGUGGAGCUUUGUAUGGAGACGCCAUAUUGGUGUACCCAGUUUUGGUCCACCUAUAUAUAUGGCAGCCGGAAAUUAACAAAAACGUCUGGAGUUCACAUUUUGUUUUCCAUAAAAACUCUGUCUUUUCACUCGAGAACUAGCAUACUUGCGCAUAAACAUAUCUUCUAACACUUGAAAUGGUUGUACUGCUGAAAAUCAAGAAGAGAGACUUUUUUUCAACGAGUCAGCAUUCCUAUUUUGGUGUCACGCACUGUAAAAACCCGGAAGUUCAAACUGCUGUAUUUUCGAAAUGAAACAUGUUACGGGAAUGGAAACUUAUACAAAGAUAUAUUUUUUGUUAAUUUCAACCUAGUGUAAAUAAGAAUUCGUAAAACCUCGCUAUUUUGACUUUACAAUUUGAUGACAUCACUGUGAAAACCAUCUAUACCGACAAAGUUGUCUUUCGUUUAAGGCAACGUAUCACUUUCAAAUAAAUUGCAAAUAUCAAAAAACCCAUACAUACACUAAUGGACUGGUUUUCUAAACAUUUCAUCCAUUAAGGAAAAAAAAAUCGAAUUCUCGAAUGUUUUAAACAAUUUUUGACAGAAAGCGUUCUUUACACCACUUUUAAAGCUACAAUUGAAAAGCGAUUUUUGUAUUUUGUUAAAAAUGGAUUCAUUCUCAAGUUUAGUGAACUCAAAGAGUUGAAAAACCUAAAAGCAUUUUAAAACCUUGAUUUUGUAAAUCAGCCUUAAAAAGUGGGACGAAUGGCAACUGUGUAAACUACCUAUAUAUUUGAAAGAAAAAGAGGAAGAUUAUAUUAUUGACCUCAGCUGGCCAAAUUAAAUUCGAAAAUCAAAAUGUCCUGGAGUGAUGCACUUAACUAGAUAUAUGUUGUCUAGGCCAAGGAUUAAGUAAAUUAAAUGGAUUCGUUAAUUAAAAGCUCUUUAUCUUGUAACACGUAGCCAUUAACAGAAUUAUUCCUCAAUCAAAAAAAACUUACUUUUUUUACAAAACAAGUAAAAAGAAAUCUAUGGAGGAAGAUACAAGGAGAAAGACUUUAAAGUUAUUACGCUUGUGCUGGCGAUACGACGUCACAACAGCCGCUGGCCGACGUGUGCAGUCGUUAAAGAUCAUCGGCGUUGCUAUGAUAGCAAUAACCGGUCUACUUAUCUUCGUGGUCGACGAUGUCAAGGAAGCGAAAGAAAACAUCAAAAAAGCCGAAAUUCUGGAGACAAAUCUCAAAUCAAGCUUGCAGGUGGCUUCUUUAAUUCACCGUCUUCAAAUCGAGCGUGGACUGACAGUGCUCUGCUUGGGAUCGAAAAGUGCAGAGGACAAGGAUAGAGUGUUCAAAACAUUGAGCGACGCUCGCAAUAAAACAGAUGAAGCUCUAGAUAAAACAGAUUGGCCAUUUGAUGAUACAGCUGAAAGAGAAUUUUUACACGGGGCUGAAAAUUUCCAAAGACAUCUAAAUGAACACAGGUAUAUUGUUGGCACUUGUUUCUAAAUUUAGUAUUAACAACUUUAUUAACUUCUUUUUUAACGUUUUAUUUUAAAGUAUUUAAUUAAAAAGCUUUGAAAUGUUUACAUGAAGAAUCAAAUAGAGAACUUGUUUCCUGUCGUCGAUCUGCAUGUUGAGACGGAUGGCAAGGAUAUAGACACUGAUUGACAGUUGAAAAGUUGGGCCAGUUUUUUUCAAGUGUUAAUGCUAUGUCUGUCAUGUCUGCAAAAAAAAAAAAUAAUAAUAAUUGUUUGUGCUCCCAGAUAAAAUUGUUUGGUAUCUUCUUCAUAAAUUUACAGGAGCAUUUUCAUGUAUGGGUAAAGGUCAGUACUAAGUAACGUUUUCAGCAAAGAAUUGACCAAAAAGAGCAAUAUCCAUUCCGCCGUCAAUAAAAAAUUUAUUACAUGGCUAAAAAGAGAUCUCUUGCGGGACUAACGCGGGAAAUCCCGAGGGGAAAAGAGAUGCUCGGGUUGAGAACACUCCCGGAUAGAGUACUUAAGUGUGACGUCAUAAAAAUGAAAUUUCUGAAAUUACGGGAUUUGUCAGAAUAUUCUGAAAGAACAAUGUCCAAGAGGCCUACUUGCCAAAAAUGAGCAUUUCGGGGCUAAUUGUCUCUGAGAUCGUAGCCCAGUUAUGUUUAGAAAACUCCAUACAAACCCUUCAAAAUUUUUUUGGGUCGACUCAAAAAGGGUUUGUAUGGAGUUUUACGAGUAUAACCAGCUAACAUCUCAGAGACAAUUUGCCCCGAAAUGCUCAAUUUUGGCAAGUAGGCCUCUUGGACAUUGUUCUUUCAGAAUAUCCUGACAAAUCCCAUAAUUUCGGAAAUUUCAUUUUUAUGACGUCAUCACUUUAGUACUCUAUCCGGCCAUAAAAUAAGUUGGGUAAUAUUAAAUUCAACAUGUCUCAUUUCACUACAGGAAUCAAGUUGGCAAAUGUGAACGUGGAACUCAGUAUGGACAAAUUGAGUUUUACACUCUUCCAAUCAACUUGAUGUUGGACUGGUUUUACCUCAACGUUCGAGAAAAUUCCGGAAACAGUAUAUUUCUGGAUAUGGUUGGCUACCACAUGUUCCUUGUUGGAAAAGACAAAAUUGGGAUAGAGCGCGCCUUGGGCGGGGCUUUCUUUGCCAAGGGACAUUUCAGCAAUUCAAGCGAUCUCGUAUGGUUCGCAAAUCACAGCAUUCUUGGACGGGAGUUUUUAGAAGCAAGUGAAACUCUUAUGCCCGAGAUUAAGACAAAUAUAGGCCAUCAUGUAAACGAGACAGUGAUUCGCUUGGUCGAAAAGGAGCGAGAAGUCAUCCUUGCUAACGAACCCGACAACGCCUCGGUAUCAAAAGGUGAACAGUGGUUUCAGCUCAUGACCUUAUAUCUUAACGAUAUUUUUAAGGUUCAACAAGAUGCCGGGGAUUCCUUAACCAAGCGCCUGGAAGUGGUGAGAAUGGAGAACACAACACAUCUAACUCAAAGAUUGGCAUAUCUCGUGUUUGCCAUUCUUUUAGUACCUCUUAUGGCUUACUCAGUUUACCGAAUGACGGGAACGAUUCAAAACUACACCUUUCGGCUUGCCCAGACAAUGUUGGAGUUGAAAGAGGAGAAGCAACGAGCAGACACUCUCCUUUACCAAAUGUUUCCGCAUCCAGUGGCUGAGAAACUCAAAAACAAACAGCAAAUUCCAGCCGAGUACUUUAGCAGUGUCACCAUUUUUUUCAGCGACAUUGUCAACUUUACAGAAAUGUGCUCCGCCAUGGAACCUUUGCAGGUCAACAGAUAAGUUAACGUCCUCUUACUGAUUGCUCAAUGGGAUUCCGGAUUACUUUGUAGAAGGAAAACUUUGAGCCUAAUUUUUUUUUUUCAAAGAUGGAUUUGUUUUAGAAUUUCUAACUCGAACUAUUUGUCAAACAUAUACUGAGACGAUAAAAACAAAAUAGAAAUUACCAUUUGAUGCUUCUUGUUCGUUUAUCAAUAUUUACCCCUACAUCUCGCUCUAAGCCAUCUUAAGUAUGAUGGGAUGAUUUAUUACUUUAACUCUUCAGGCAGUGGACGAAAUCCUGUAUUUUCCCCAUUCAAAUGUGACCUCUUUGGUAGUGCGUUCACUGAAAAGAUUUCAUUUAAUUUUUGAGGUUUAGCAAACUGAGGCCAUGAUAAGGAAUUCAAAAAGUAAAACUUUGGUAUCUUUUUCUUCUCACGGAAACUUUCUUUCAGGCUGCAUUACUCAUUUAAAAAAUCAUGAUUUUAGGAUAUUCUCUUGUUUAGGUUACAGCGAUGCUGGAUAAGGUUUACGGCCUGUUUGACAACCGCAUAAACUUUUACGACGUGUACAAAGUGGAGACAAUCGGUGAUGCCUACAUGGUGGUUUCAGGGCUUCCUCAAAGGAACGGAAUGCGUCACGUGGAUCAGAUUGCCCGGAUGGCGUUGGACUUGGUAAAAGCCGUGGAUGAACUAAACCUACCGCAGUUCCCCAGACGACAACUGUCGGUCCGAAUAGGUAUACAUACUGGUAAGUCUAGUCACAGAAUUGUGUAUUCAACGAUCAUCUUUCAAAUGGCCGGGGAAUUAAGAGCUAAUUGAUGUGAGUGAGCUUGAGAGAGGGAGAGCGACAAUGAUGACUAUGACAUUAAUUAUGCACAUUUAUGCAAUUGGAUUUUGCCUUUUGCGGCAUUACACAUUCAUGAAUGAAAAGUAAAGAUGAACAACUUUAAAAACAUAGUUGAUAUCCAAAUGGCGAAGGAAACAAAUAAAAAAACCUUUCUUUCAAAUUAAAAAUCAUGUGCACAAUUAUUAGUCAAGAGAGAAUAGCUCAUUCUCUCUUGUAUGAGUUAAAUGUAAAAUAAACUCUUUUUUUUACAUAGUAAUUUAAAAAUUGUAAAGUUCAUGCAACGCUCCAAACAGCUACUUAUGCAGCUUCCAGAAUUUCAUCACACACGUUGAAUAUUAAGAUGAGAUUACUUGUUCUCUGCUUUUUUUUAGGCCCAUGCGUGGCUGGUGUGGUUGGAAACAAAAUGCCUCGUUACUGCCUGUUUGGAGACACAGUGAAUACUGCAUCAAGAAUGCAAACGUCUGGCGAACGUAAGGGACACAUUAAGUAAUUAAAUUUAUGUAUCAAAAUUCAGACAAGCUUUUCAAUUCUUAUUUUAACCGAGGAUAGUUGAGUGAUGACUAAGUAUAUUAUGUCGCGCGAAUCAAAUCAGUUUAUAAGAAUUCGUAAAAUUUUACAUUAUUAGAGAGAUUAUGAGUCACGUUCACGGCAAACGGCAAACGUAAAUUUGUACCGCGUGACCAAAUUUCUUCUCAACUUGUGCUUUACUGUUCAUUACUUCUACCCCAAAAUAAGUAGCUUCACGUUAGUUUGGUCUGUAACAAUUGUUUUGGACUGCAUGCUUUUAGCUGCACGUUUUCUAUUUUGAGAGAUUCCCAAUUUUUAUUGUGACGUUUUGCCAUUUGCAGUAAACGUCACUCUAAAUCUCUCUAAUAUGUCAUCAACCAUUCCAAUUUAGAGGCUACGGCAAGUCGCGGCAAUAUAUAAUUAAGGUAAAACUAUUCAUUUCCUCUGCAAUCUGAAUCUAUUGUUUAUCCAAUCAUCAAACGUUAGGAACGUUUAUUAUCUGUACUAUUAUGGGAUAAAAGGACUGAGAAAAUCAGAAAAUUAAAUAAUACCUUUUCGUUUUUUGUUCUUCCAAAUUCGGAUUCCUAAUUUUCGUCUUGCUUAAACUAAGGAAAUAUUCACUUACAACUAUUGCUGGUUUGCACGUGACGUCACGGCGGCCAUGUUGGUGGUCAAGAACAAAAGCAUUUCUCUCCUCUGGGAACUAAACUCUAUUUUCAUGUAAAUUUUGCGAGGAAAUAUUCUUUUGUUUUGACCCCCAACAUGGCCGCCUUGUCACGUGGUUGCAAACCAAGAAUAGAAUCUCAAAACGACUUUUAACUUAUAUUUUCAUCCAAGAUUUUUCAUCCAAGAUGGUGGAUUUCUGAGGUGUAUGACGUCAUUCCAUAACAUUUAGCUUAAAAACGAUAAGUACUAAUUGAAAUGUACAUUGUUUAAUGUGUGAUUUUAGCCCAGAAAAUUCACAUUUCGGAAAACACAAAGAAAGCUUUGGAAGAAAUUGGCAGCUACAAUAUCGUUCUCAGAGGAAGCAUGGAGGUAAAGGUAAGCUGUAAUUCCUCUUUUAAUUUCUUACUAAAGACGAAUUAAGGUCGCCGGACAUUUUGGUAUAACAGUUCAAUCGACUGGGACGUGAAACAAGCGUUUUUAUAAUGGACGUUACCACACGAUAAUCAUUUUCUGAACUGGGAUAAAGUCAUUAAAUAUAACUCUAGGGGAAUUUGCCCACAUUUGAAAAAUUUAGCAAACUGGAACACGUACUAGAAAAAAAAACGUGAAGACAUUUGAAAAACGUACGCAAAUUCACUUUAUAUGUCGCCGUCCUCAAUCUCUACUUCCCAAUCAUUCAGUCACAUUCCUCCUAAUUAUCCCCUCUCCUCAGUAGGAUAUCAUUGCAGACCGUACCAAACUACCCUUCCUUUUAAAGACAUUCCUGAGUAAAAUGUGUAUUUAUUUUUCAAAUACAGAUGAGGCUACAGUUGCCAAAGUUUCGGAAAACUCAGAAAGAACUUUCUCGAGAGGCGUGACGAUAGUGUUGUUGCGUCUUGUUUUACUGCCACACAGCAAAUAGUUCAGCAGCUAAUUCCAGGAAAGUUAAUGUUUUAAUUAUCAUCGCUUGAUAAUUUUAUUUGUUUUUUUUUAAUCAGGGCAAAGGUCCAAUGUCCACGUACUGGCUUCGGGGAUUUUUGGAUAAAGGUCCGAGCUUCUCUGUGCACCCUCCUGGGGAAAUGCCAAUAACGGCUUAUGUGCAAUUGUGA